AUGGAUUAUGAGCUCCUUAUCUGUUCCUAUAGGGUUCACGAAGCGUGGUUUAUACAUCUAGGGUUUCUGAAUUUCGAGUAUUAUGCACACAAAUGUCAGAAGAAAUAUGGUCAACCAGCUCAAAUAUGGUAUGUGGGAAAUAUCCAUACACAAGUGACUGAACCACUUCUCCAAGAGGUUUUUGCAAGCACUAGUCCUGUUGAAAGCUGCAAACUCAUAAGAAAAGACAAAUCAUCAUAUGGAUUCAUUCACAAUUUUGAUCGAAGAUUUGCUGCACUUACAAUAGUGUCUCUAAAUGAAAGGCAUUUGUUUGGACAACCUAUCAAAGUUAAUUGGGCAUAUGUCACUGGACAAAGGGAGGACACAUCAGGUCAUUAUAACAUAUUUGUUGGUGAUCUUAGCCCUGAGAGGAUACUAAAGAGCAAAGUGAUAGUGAUGCCCUUGAGAAUAAUCCACAGUACACAACCGUUUAUGUUGGCAACCUUGGCCGUGAAGUGUGUCAUUAUUUUUAAUUAUUUCAUGCAAACUGGUGGUUUGAAAUACAAUACAACUAAUGUUUCUCUCACACAACAAACAACAGAUGAGAUGAGGGAAUAUUUCUUGUCUUAUGGUGAGAUCGUAGAACAUCAAAUAAUGCUAGAUCAUGUCACUAGUCGAUCAAGAGGCUUUGGUUUUGUUACAUUUGAUAGUGAAGAGGUUUUUUUUGUUGCAUCUGAUGAGCUAGGUUGA